AUGAGAACGUCAGAGUAUCGACCACGUGAUUGGGCUGGUCAACAUACGAAGCAUAUUUUUUCUUGUUACGGCUGCUUAGCAUCUCUCUCACUUGUGAACUUUCAAGUUACGUCUUCAAACCAUCUUGUCCAACUGGUACGACCCAACUUGAAAGGGGAUUUUCAAAACAUUCAAUCACCUUUGCGUGAUGAUUACAAUGACGAUGCUUAUCAUAAUCGUUCGGGAGAUACUGAUGAUCUCGAGAGUUCAGUUGUUGAAAAUGGGGCUGGACAACCACUUUAUAAUGCUGAGAUCUAUGGAAGUCUUCGUAAAGGUGGCGCAGUUAACCUUUUUUCCAAAGAUUGCGCGGGUCUUGUAGCGGCUACAUUUUCACUCACGUUUGCGGUUGAAUGUAUUUCUGGUGUUAUCCAACCCAUGCUUUAUGACCAUUUUGAUCUAACACCCGUUGAAGUCGCUGCUAAUUUGCGAAUCUCGACUCUACCAGAGUCGUUCUGUUUUUUUGCUGGAUUAGUAUCGGAUAGUUACCCAAUUUUUGGCUAUCGUCGGAAAAUGUAUGUUAUAAUCGGGUUAGCACUUUCAGCAUUGAGUUUGUUUGCUCUUUCCGGUGUGGAUGGAUACCUUGGUACUUUGAACAAAAAAAGUGCGUCGAAUGGUCUAAUUGCGACCAUUAUCGCAUUUGCUACAUUAGCCAGUGCUGGAAAUGUUAUAGCGUUCAUAGGUGUUCAGACUCGACUGCUUGAACUAACGCAGCGUGAACCAUUAGGCAUGCGUGGGUACAUUACUGGAACAUACUUGAUCUUUCGAUGUGCUAUAUACAUGUUAACAGACGUGAUUAUAUACGUCUGUUCAAGCGCUACGGUCCAUCGAAGUAAAUCAUUACUAGUGUUUGGAAUUGUCGUGGUCAUCUCAAUUCCAAUUGUUUGGAAAACUUGGCAUGAAAAAUAUUAUUCACUGUCUACGCCUAUGAGCACUCGUGGUCAAAUUCUCUGGCGUAUAAUGCAACAAAAGGCAGUAUGGAACAUUCUGAUCUUCUUAUGCAUCUUUACACUCUUUAGUGGCAUUGUUUUUACCGCUCCUUCAGCUAUUCUAAGUGUUUGGGCUGGAGCUAGUGGCGACAAAUUGAUUGUAAUUCAAGUGAUGUAUUAUGGUACUAUGUUGGUUACAAUGGCAGUAUGGCGUCAAUACUUUAUGAAUCGACCCUGGCGACUUUUCUAUGGUAUGGCAACAGUUCUUUUGAUUGUUCCUCAAUCGGUGGUCGCCAUUUUAGUAUCACAAGAUAUUUUACGAGAUCGGUAUUUCUUUCGUCUGAUGACUCUUUUCACGAGUGUCUCAGCUGCCAUGGGAUGGUUAGCUAGUAUGGUUCCAUUGACAGAAAUCCUUCAAGAAGGAUCGGAAGGUGCUAUGUCUGGAUUGAUGUUGUCUUUGUACUUUUCGGUUAAAUUUUUCGUUAACACGAAUGGGCAAGGGCCUUUUAGUGGUUCGAAUUUUUUCGAAGCUAGCGAAGUUGCGCUGGACCUUCCUGCUGCACGUACUGACGUGAUACAAAAGCUGGAUACACAACAACUUCGUGCCUAUGGAGGGUACACCAAGUGUGCUAGUGCUGUUAUUGCCACCUUUCCAUUGGUUCUGUUUUUGUAUUCCGUCGUUGUAACUAUCUUGACGCUAAUCCCAUCAACAUCUUGUUUGUCUAUUGCUGGAGGAGACGGGUGCUAG